AUGGGAAGCAGCGACAGAAUGGUAGCAAGUGACGCCCGUCAAGGGAGGAGGCGAGAGGAUGCAGAGGAUCGCAGAUUGCGAGAAACUCCAGCUGACGUCCUGCUAACGAACAUGAAGGACGCUCAUGCACUUGUCGGCUCGGGACAUGUCACGAGGAUGCGGAAGCUCUCGCAGCUCCGGACCAUCUACUCGCCCCUUGAGCCGCGUCCUCUUGCUCGCAGCCUCCGUCCUCACUCAGCCUCCUCGCUCGUGGAGAGACGCAGAACCGAGUGCGGGGCAGCAGAGAAGCGGCGGAAAGUCGCGAAGAAGCUUCCAAGGGAGCAGGGAAAGGAGCGAGGAAGGGAAGAGAAGAAGGUAAUGACAACGAUGAUGAUGGAGAUGAUGGAGAUGAUGGAGAUGAUGAUGAUGAUGAUGGAGAUGAUGAUGAUGAUGGAGAUGAUGAUGAUGAUGAUGAUGAUGAUGAUGAUGAUGAUGGAGAUGAUGAUGAUGAUGAUGAUGAUGAUGAUGAUGAUGAUGAUGAUGAUGAUGAUGACGACGAUGGAGAUGAUGAUGAUGAUGGAGAUGAUUACAUGUUGGAUUCAAGCGUACGAGAGGAUAGAGAGACUAACUUCAUACUCAGAGUGCAUUUGA